AUAUAGAGUAUUUGGGAGGAUUUGCAUUGCUAUCAGUUCUUAUGAUCAGCUCUGCUUCGAUCUAAAGGCCAACUGUUUGUACAAGCAAAAGAGUACAUCAUCUAUGGAAGAACACCAUCAGGAUGUUGUUCAGAGUGUUCUUCUUAUACAUUUUGAUUGGUCAUCUUUUUGAAGAGUGUGCCUUCUUGAUUGAAUGUAUGCCUAAAGAGUGCCUGAAAUGUCCGGUUACUGGGGAAACAGGGUUAUGUGCGCACUGCUCAACUGAAUGUGUAAAUGCUUCGUUUGACAACUGCAACUUACUUCGAGACUUCAGUGUAUCCAUUAACACCACUGGGUCUAAUGUGGAGGAGGCCGAGAGGGUCUCUCUCACGUGUGUCCAUGAUCUCCCUGAGAACCUCAGUGUCACUUAUGAGUGGUACAAGAAUGACAAAUCAGUUGAGGGGCAUGGGAAAGAGUACAUAAUCAAGAAGACCUUCUCUCAGGACGUUGGCCAGUACCGCUGUGUAGUCUACAGCCCGUGUGGCAAUUACACGUCUGCUCCACACGAUGUCACUAUUCACAAUGAAAGUGUAAUCAUUCUGGUGAUCUGUGGCUGCGCUGCUGUGGGCUUGAUCACCAUCAUGGGCGUUUGCAUGAAAGUGAAGAUGCACAGAGAUAAAGUCAAGAACCAACAGAGGACCAAGGAGAGGAUGCAGGAAAUGCGGAGAGCUCAGGAUUUGCAGAAUCCUGCCAUGCCAUCAAACCCAAGACCAACAUAGUCCUGCAGUGUUCAUAGCGCUGUUAUGUAGGCUAAUAUGCUGUGGGUUUUGUGUUGUAGUUUGAUCCAUGGCCACAGUAGAUAAUAAUAGUAAUAGAACAGAAGUUAUACUAUUUAUACUUUUUAUUUAUUAGUAUACUGUUACUAUAUGUAAUAUAUGUUUUAGUAUUUAAAUUGCCAUGGAUGUACAUACAUUUAAUUCAACUAAAAUAAGGGACAAGCAGAUUUGUCCAAGCCAAUUCACAAAGAGAACUAAACCAGCUCUAAGAAAGGUUUUAUCUGGACUAGAGAAAUGUGCUAAAUAUGAACAAACAAAACCAGUAGACGUAGGAGUAUAACUAGCACCUGCCCCACAUUUUAAGAACCACUGAUCUGGGCUAUCAGAAAGCAUCUAUUGUGUUCCACAGCAGUAACAUCGCCACGCCCCUUGACCACAAAGCCUGUGGAGUUGAGGAGGAGAGUCUGCAAAUGUUUUAAUCCAGAGAGGCAGGCGUGGUGAGACUAUAAUCCUGCCCGAAUGCUCUGCUCACAGCUCUGCACAUCACCGCGCAUAGAGCCGCUUUGGGACGCCACUCAUGUAAUGGAUACACAGGGAAAUAAAGCUGCCCUCUGAAAAAUAACCUAAUCCUUGGAAGUUUAAGCCAUACAUGUUGUUGUCCAUUAAAGCAUU